AUGUCUCAUACAGGUGAGAAACCAUAUUCCUGUGAUAUCUGUGGAAGAUCAUUCUCUGAAAGCAGCAGCUUAACUAAACACAAGCGUAUUCAUACAGGUGAGAAACCAUAUUCCUGUGAUAUCUGUGGAAGAUCAUUCUCAGAAAGCAGCUGCUUAACUACUCACAAGCGUAUUCAUACAGGUGAGAAACCAUAUUCCUGUGAUAUCUGUGGUAAAUCAUUCUCAGAAAGCAGCAGCUUAACUAAACACAAACGUAUUCAUACAGGUGAGAAACCAUAUUCCUGUGAUAUCUGUGGUAAAUCAUUCUCAGAAAGCAGCAGCUUAACUAAUCACAAGCGUAUUCAUACAGGUGAGAAACCAUAUUCCUGUAAUAUCUGUGGUAAAUCAUUCUCAGAAAGCAGCAGCUUAACUAAACACACACGUAUCCAUACAGGUGAGAAACCAUAUUCCUGUGAUAUCUGUGGUAAAUCAUUCUCUCAUAGUGGUAGCUUAACUACUCACAAACGUAUUCAUACAGAAGAGAAACCAUUUCGCUGUGAUAUCUGUGGUAAAUCAUUAUCUAGUGACAGUAACUUAGCUAGACACAAACGUAUCCAUACAGGGGAGAAAUCAUAUCACUGUGAUAUCUGUGGUAAAUCAUUCUCUCAAAACAGUGGCUUAACUGAACACACACGUAUCCAUACUGGGGAGAAACCAUAUCACUGUGAUAUCUGUGGUAAAUCAUUCUAUCAAAGCGGUCACUUAACUGCUCACAAACGGGUUCAUACAGGAGAGAAGCCAUAUUCCUGUGAUAUCUGUGGUAAAUCUUUCUCUGAAAACGGUAGCUUAGCUCAACACAAACGUAUUCAUACAGGGGAGAAACCAUAUUCCUGUGAUAUCUGUGGUGAAUCAUUCUAUCACAGAGGUAACUUUACUACUUACUCAAGGGUUCAUACAGGGGAGAAGCCAUAUCACUGUGACAUCUGUGAUAAAUCAUUCUCUGUUAGCAGUUUCCUAACUAGACACAAGCGUAUUCAUGCAGUGGAGAAAACCUCCCCGUGAUAUCAGUGGCAAAUCAUUCUAUCAAAGAAGUAACUUAACUACUCAACAUGGGUUCAUACAGAGGAGAAACCAUAUCAAUGUCAUGUCUGUAGUAGAUCAUUCUCUUGUACUUACUGCUUAGAUCAGUGGUUUUCGACCAGAGUUCCGUGGAACCUAAGGGUUCCGCCAGUACGGUCCAGGGGUUCCGCAAGAAGUUACAAAAAUGCUAAAAUCGACAGUAAUUUUUAAUUCUCCUGUGCAGAUAUGUGUGCAUAAGACAAUUAAAUUAUUGCACAGGGGUUCCUCGAGCCAUUGGAAUGUUUCCCUGUGGUUCCACUGCAGCAAAAAGGUUGAAAAGCACUGGCUUAGAUAUUCAGAAAUAUACCCAUACAGGAGACAAGGAAUACCACUGUGCCAUGUAUGGUAAAUCAUUCUCUUAGUAGUUGCCUAACUAAACAGAAGUGUAUUCAUACACUGGAGAAACCAUAUCACUGUCGUAUCUGUGGUAAAUCAUCAUCCUUUAAAAUUCAGUUAUUCAUGCUUCUGUCUAUCACACGGACUUCAUUGAUGGAGAUUCUCUUCACCCGGGUACCUUUCCUGUUGCCAAUCCCCAAAUGUUUCCAAGCAAGGAAACGUUUUCCAUGGUGAGACGUAUUCGACACAGAAGACUGGAAAUGACCAACUGCAUUUGUAUGACGGUCAUUUACAAACAUCACAUCUGGACAAGCGUACACACACACAUAUGUAUGUCUGGAGAAUUUCUUAUAGGAAAUAUUUUACAUGUUUUCUCUUCAUCUAAAAGUUUGUGAUUCCUAUUAGGAAAUGAAACACAUGUAAUGCUGAAUAAAUGAUAUCAAACUUUUAUCCAGUCUC